UCCGAUAACCCGAAUAAUAAAGUUCGAACUAAUAAGACAAUUUUUCUGAGAUUAGAAAAUAAAAAAAAAAUGUUAAGAGUUUGGUGACGUAGUCUAACAUAGGUCUCAAUCUUUCUCAAACUAUCAAGUCUCCCCCACUCCAGCACUGCCAUUGAAGCUAUCCACCCCACAAAACUCUGCUUCCUUCAAUAAAAAUGGCUGCCAUUAUCAACACACUUGCAGCAAUUAAACUAUCCAAUUCUGCAAAUACCCAUUUCCGACCUCGCCCUUUUCUCUCUCCUGCUUCAACUUCUUUCACCAGAAGAAGAUUGGCGAUUAAAGCAGCUGACACUGACACUGAUGAAGUGAAAGGUCGGGUACCAGAUAAGGCACCAUCAAAGGAGGGUUCUAGCUUCAAUCAACUUCUUGGAAUCAAAGGGGCUUCACAAGAAUCUAACAAAUGGAAGAUUCGCCUCCAACUUACAAAACCUGUUACAUGGCCUCCAUUGAUUUGGGGAGUAGUUUGUGGAGCUGCAGCAUCUGGGAACUUUCAUUGGACUCCAGAAGAUGUGGCUAAAUCGAUUCUUUGCAUGAUGAUGUCUGGACCUUGUCUGACUGGCUAUACACAGACCCUGAAUGAUUGGUAUGACCGAGAUAUUGAUGCAAUUAAUGAACCUUAUCGUCCGAUUCCUUCAGGGGCAAUAUCUGAGAAUGAGGUCAUUACUCAAAUUUGGGUUUUGUUUCUAGCUGGACUUGCUAUUGCUGGAGGAUUGGAUGUGUGGGCAGGGCAUAAAUUUCCUACACUUUUCUACUUGGCUUUGGGUGGAUCUUUCAUUUCUUACAUAUAUUCUGCUCCCCCACUGAAGCUUAAACAAAAUGGUUGGAUUGGAAAUUUUGCUCUUGGGUCAAGCUACAUCAGUCUUCCAUGGUGGGCUGGUCAAGCUUUAUUUGGCACUCUAACACCGGAUAUAAUCAUUCUUACCCUCCUGUACAGCACUGCUGGGCUUGGCAUUGCCAUUGUAAAUGACUUUAAGAGCAUUGAAGGCGACAGAGCAAUGGGACUGCAGUCAAUUCCAGUAGCUUUUGGCAUUGAGGCUGCUAAAUGGAUUUGUGUUGGUACCAUUGACAUAACCCAGCUAUCAGUUGCAGGUUACCUUCUGGGGGCUGGCAAACCGUAUUAUGCUUUAGCUUUACUGGGCUUGAUACUUCCACAAAUUUAUUUCCAGACCAAAUAUAUCCUUACAGACCCCAUCAAGUAUGAUGUCAAAUAUCAGGCUAGUGCACAACCAUUUCUUAUUCUUGGUCUUCUGGUGACUGCAUUGGCAGUCAACCAUUAAGUGGUCGUGUCACCUUGGUCUGUAUUACCUCGACGAGCAAUGAAAUUCAAACAUCAGCAACAGGAAGUCCAAGACUGCGGAAAAUUCUGUUUCAACACGCGCAUAUUCAGUUGGGCAUGUUGGGCGAGCACCCAUUGUUUAUGUACUGAAGCACAAUAGAAAUUUUUUGUUGUGCCUUUCACCAUUCUCUUAUAAUCAGAUUAGUGUAUCCUCUAUCCAUCAUUUUGUGCAGUUAGAAAUCGCUGAACGUAAGCCUUUUGUAUUAUGAUGUUUUAGGUUGUGUACUAGAGAAUAGAGAUCAGAGUAGACCUCUGUUGUAUCCUUCUAUUUGUAAUUUUUCCUCGUAUUCGUCUUUCUGUUGAGAAGAGGCAAAGAGGGGAUUUAAAUUGUGUACCAAUAAACGAAGUUGCAAGUGAGUAAUAAUAUUCCUAAUUCACACUCCUA